AUUACCAUAAGACCCUUUGUGGUCAUCCCCUCAAUACUCCAUUACUGUAAUAAAACAUUCCCCCCACCCCCCACUCCCCCCUAUCUUGCUUGGGUAGGGGACUUUACAAAAACAAUAAAUUGUAAUAAUAAUAACCAUGGGGAAUAAGAAGUACGCCGUGAUCGGCGGCUCCGCCGUCCUCCUCGUGGCCGUCGUGGCCUCGGUCGCCGUCGUUGUCACGCACCGCAGCGGCGGCGGCAGUAGCAAUGCGAAGUCGGAGCCGCACAUGACGACGUCGGUGAAGGCGAUCAAGGAGUUUUGUAGGCCGACCGACUACCAGCAGACGAGCCCCACCGAGCUCGCCAAGGCGAUCUUUAAGGUGACGACGGAGCGCGUGCAGCAGGCGUUCAACCACUCGGAGACGCUGGCUGAGCUCGCGCACGACAAGAGAACGUCGGGGGCGCUCCAGAACUGCCGGGAGCUCCUCGAGUACGCGGUGGAGGACCUGAAGACGUCCUUCGACCAGCUCGGCGGCUUCGAGAUGUCCAACUUCCAGCGGGCCGUCGACGACCUCAAGACGUGGCUGUCGGCCGUGCUGACCUACCAGGACACCUGCCUCGACGGCUUCGAGAACACCACCACCGACGCGGCGCAGUCGAUGAGCAAGGCGCUGAAGAGCGCCUCCGAGCUCACCGCGAACAUCCUCGCGAUCGUCGACGAGUUCUCGAACACCAUCGGCAGCAUGAACAUCCCCUUCAUGAGCCGGCGGCUGCUCGAGGCCGACGGCGAGGGCGAGGCGGCCGUUCCGGAGUGGGUCUCGGCCGGGAAGAGGCGGCUGCUGCAGGCGGGGCCGCUGCAGCUGAAGCCGAACGUGACGGUGGCGCAGGACGGCUCCGGCGACUUCAAGACGAUCACGGAGGCGCUCGCGACGGUGCCGAAGAAGAGCGAGGAGGCGUUCGUGAUCUACGUGAAGGAAGGGGUGUACAGCGAGUACGUCACGGUCGACCGGGACUUGACGAACGUCGUCAUGUACGGUGACGGCCCCACGAAGACGCGGGUCACCGGAAACCGCAACUUCCGGCAGAACAUCACCACCAAGGACACCGCCACCUUCACCGUGGUGGGCAACGGGUUCUUCGCCCGCGACCUGGGGUUCGAGAACUCGGCGGGCGCGGAGAACCACCAGGCGGUGGCGCUGCGGGUGCAGAGCGACCUGUCGGUGUUCUACCAGUGCCAGUUCGACGGCUACCAGGACACGCUCUACACGCACGCCUACCGCCAGUUCUACCGCGACUGCACCGUCACGGGCACGAUCGACUUCAUCUUCGGCAACGCGCAGGUGGUGCUCCAGAACUGCCUCAUCCUCGUCCGCCGCCCGCUCGACAACCAGCAGAACAUCGUCACCGCGCAGGGCCGCAAGGAGAAGCGCUCCGCGGGGGGGAUCAUCCUGCACAACUGCACCGUCACCGCCGACCCCAGCUUCGAGCCCGUCAAGGCCCGGAUCCCGACGUACCUCGGCCGGCCGUGGAAGGAGUAUUCCAGGACCUUCUACAUCCAGUGCCAGCUGGACGACCUCAUCAACCCCGUGGGCUGGCUGCCGUGGCUCGGGGACUACGGGCUGCGCACCUGCUUCUACACCGAGGUGGACAACAGGGGCCCAGGCUCCGACACCAGCGCGCGCGCCACGUGGAAGGGGGUCAAGAAGGUGAGCUACGAGCACGCGCAGAAGUUCACCGUCGAGCACUUCCUGCAAGGCCACCGCUGGAUCCCCAGGACCGGGGUGCCCUACAUCCCCGGCCUGCUGCCCCAGUCCCAGCCCACCCGGACCCACUAAACCAAAAUUUUAAAAAUUUAGAAUUUGACCCGCGAUUUCAAUUUCGGAUUCGGGUUGGGAUUCGAGCUCGAAUUCAGUUCAGUUCGGUCUGAUUCGAUUUGAUUGAUUUGAUGUGGGGGAAGGUGAAAAGGAAGCAAAUGGGGGAGGGGAAACUUUGCAGGUGAGAUGGUUGUGUAAUUUUUUAUUUUAUUUUUUAUUUUAUUUUUUUUUUGUUUAAAGUAAGGGGAUGUUGGAUUUACAUAAUUUGUGAUUUCUAUAUAUUUAAUUAAGCCUGCGGCUAAUUUCUCUGACAA